AUAGUUGCUAUUUUUAGAACAAAAAUAUAACAAUACAAUGUUUUUAUAACUGUUGAAACCUGAACAAAUAGUGCGCAAUUUGUUUGAAACAGACUAAGUAGUCAAAUAUUUUUUUUUCUUUUUGCCUUGCCAUGUACAUUCCCGAUAUAAAUGAAUAUCAGCUGACUUCAAUAGUAGCAGAGUGUUGUGGUGGAGUGGCUGUAGUUUAUUCCGCUUUAUAUAAACCUAAUAACCAACAUGUUGCCAUCAAGAGAUAUUUUGUGGACAAAAGUAAAGAGAAAGCUAAUUUGAUACAGCAAGAUAUCUUGACGAGGAAGGAGUUACAGCAUCCUAAUAUACUGUCAUAUUUGACUUCUUUUGUGCAUGGUAAGGAGUUGUAUGUAGUAUCUCCGUUGAUGAGUUUGGGUUCAUGUCGUGAUGUCCUGGACCGUUAUUUCCAAGAGGGACUGCCGGAGCUAGCAUGUGCCAUCAUACUGAGAGAUGUACUCUUUGCAUUACAGUAUUUACAUAAGCAGUUAUAUAUACAUAGAAGUGUCCGCGCAAGUCAUGUAUUACUUGAUACAAAUGGCUGUGUAAAGCUGUCAGGGCUGCGGAGUGCGGCCUCAAUGAUGGUGCGAGGGAGACGGCAACGCCAGCUUCACAACUUGCCACCACCUGAUCAUGAUAAUGCUAAUCUAAUGUGGUUGAGUCCUGAAUUGUUGGAACAGAAUUUAAAAGGUUAUGAUGAGCGUUCAGACAUCUAUUCUCUGGGUGUGUUGUGCUGUGAACUUGCCAAUGGUGCGGUGCCAUUCUCUGAUGUGCCCACAACUCUUAUGUUUACUGAGAAAGUGAGAGGUAACAGACCUCAGCUCCUCGACUGUUCAUCAUUCCCGGAACCACUUGAUGAUGGAGAGAUGAAGAAUCUUAUUUGGAAUGAACCAGAUGGCAUGUACAACACGGACAGUGGCGUGGGCGACAGCGCGGACGGCGUGUGCCGGCUGCGGCAGGUGUACGCCGCGCGCAAACUCUCCGAACCCUUUCACCAUCUCAGCGAGAUUGCGCUGCAGAGAGAUCCUGAGCGGCGACCAUCAGCGACUCAACUGUUGAACCAUCAGUUCUUCAAGCAGAUUAGGAAGACAGAUUUCUUGCCGAGCCUCAUCGGACGAGUGAAGCCGAUCAAACCUGACGCUAAUGACAUGUCGGCACUUUUACUGCAGGAGAAGAUGUCAGAGAUGGAUAUUGAGAAGCAAACGGAGUGGGACUUUUAGUGUCAGAACAAAUAAUUUAUUCUAUUACUAACAAUUUAGGUCAUACGAUAGUCACCGGAUAAUAAAUCCUAAGUCGAGCGAACAUAAUCCUUUUAACAAAGCCGAAUUCAAUAACAAAUAUCCAUCCCAUAGGCAAAGGAACAUAUUUUUCUACAAAAAACUAGAACAUUUCAUAUCAAUGCUUACUAUUCGAAUAUGUCAAACGAUUGACUUUA